CCUACUCAUUUUCUUAAAAACAAAAAAAGACCGAGAAUUUGAUUCAUCUUCGUGGCAAACGUUGUGCUCCGCCACCUUCCAAUUUUACACAGACACCCAGAUUCCCAUCUUCCUCCAAAUCCCCUUCAAUCCAAUCCAAUCCAAGCUCCCAUCUUUUCCUCCAAUUCCCGGCAAUUCCUCCCCAUUUCCCAAUAUGGACGACUUCGGCGUUUUGACCGAGAGGUUCGGCCUCAAACCCCAAGGCAAAUCGGCGCCGAUGGCCGCCUCCCGUUCCACCACCAACCCCCAAACGACGUCGUAUUCAUCUUCCUCAAAAUCCAAUUCCAAUUCCAAUUCCAAUUCCGCCUACGCUUCUUUUCUCGACGACCAAAACGGCUUCUUUUCCCAAUCCAGCUCCACCCAAAACGCCGCCGGCUCCGGCGGAUUCGGCGGCUACGACUUUCUCGGCGGCGGAGUCUCUAAACCCGCAAAAGGCUCCGACUUUGAUUUGGACUCCGUGUUUUCGGGCUCGAGUGCCAAUACGUCGUCGUUUGACGACGGGUUUGAUGUGUUUGGGAGCUCCGGUGGGUCGGUGAAUAGUAAUGUGAAGGAUGAUGACCUUUUCGGGUCGUUUGCUUCGGCUCCGAAACAGAGUGCUGCUCCCAGCAAUGAUCUGCUGGGUGAUCUUGGUGGAGUAAGGAGGAGAUUGCAGAGUAUGAAUAGCAAUGGCAAUGGAAAUGGGAAUAGGUACGGAACUGCGGCGAGGAAUGCAACUGAUUCUGAUGAUUUGUUGCCCGGGUUUGGUGUUACCAGUGCUUCCAAUAGUGGAAGUUACACACAGGAAAGCCGUACUCAGCAAUCAACUGUUAAUUUGACUCGAUCUAACUUCAGUUCCCCAAUGGUUGACCCCUUUGUGGUCUUAGAAUCAGUUUCAAGUUCAGGACCUGCAGAUUCUUUAGAUUAUCUUUCAGGACUGGAACAAUUCAGUAAGAUGAGUAAUUCCGGAGGUGCAAAACAGGGUGGUUCAUCAAAUAGUUCUACAAAACUGAAAGCACCCCCAAAACCAGCACAAGUUUCAAAGGAUAUAGAUGAUCUUGAGAUAUUUGCCAGUGCUACGGUGCCAAAGAGUGCUCCCAGAGUUCCUUCUCGUAAUGACGGGGUAGAAUCUUCAGCCACCAGACAUGGUAAAUCAAGUGGAGAUGAUCUGGAUUUCAUGUUCAGCACAGGUUUUCGGUCUAGCAGUGUACCAAAGUCAAGGGUUAAAAAACCGGACCCAAUAUUUGAUGCACAGACAGACAACAGAGGAGGGCCUAGGCCCCAAAUGACAUCUUCUAGGACCUCAGGUAGCAUGAAGAAGUCCCCUUCUGCAAGUGGUAUCUUUGAUGAUCUCUUUUCAAUGGAUGGAGGUUCUUCAAUGGUUGCGGAAUUUGAGGAAGUUGAAGGUGAAAGUGAAGAAAGACGAAAAGCCAGGUUGGGACGGCACCAGAGAACAAAAGCGCGUGCGUUGCAAGCAGUGGCAGAUAUGAACCAACGCGAUUUUCGUACUCAGCAGGAGCAGGAAGAGAGGCGUAGAAUUGCUGAGAGUAUGGAUACUAAAAUCAAGAGCUGGGCUGCAGGGAAAGAAGGGAAUAUGCGUGCACUAUUGUCUUCAUUGCAAUAUGUACUUUGGCCUGAAUGUGGAUGGGAGCCAGUUUCACUUACAGAUUUGAUUACUUCUGGCUCAGUUAAAAAGGUUUAUAGAAAGGCAACAUUGUUUGUCCAUCCUGAUAAGGUUCAACAGAAAGGGGCUAGUCUUCAACAAAAAUAUACUGCGGAGAAGGUUUUUGAUGUCCUGAAGGAAGCUUGGACCAAGUUCAACAAGGAGGAACUAUCUUAGUAUUCUUAUGAUUUAUUCUUUGGAGCUUCCAUUUAACAUUCACGAGAGGUUUUCCCCCCAUUGGGGAGGACGAUGCAUUUGCUGUGCGUAUUGCUGGUCCUUAGCUGUAAAGCAUGACAAGAUGAAUUUCACUUCUGUUUUUUAUCACAAAUUUACAAAUCUUCAUUUUGAUCUGUAAAAUCGUAAGUAUCAAAUACUACUUCUGGUUACGUUCUUGUACAUUAGUAGUGUUCACAGAGGUUAUUAAUUAGAGUGGAUACAUACACGCCCCAUUAAGAAAUCAAUCUAUAUAUGUAAUCCCCACUUUGGGAUUGUUAUUGAUAUUUUCUGUUACUC